UAUUUAUAAAAAAAUAUCUUAUCACUAUGACCAUUUCUAAUGAUGAUUUGGUGGAUGUCCAUGCACCAGCAAGUACAUAUUAUACCACUGGUGAUAAUUCAUCUACUGGUACUAGAUUACGCACUCUAACCGGACGAUACUCACGGUCUCAUGCUGACAAUAGCUCUCGUAGAAGAAGAGCUUCCAAUGAUGAUAAGAGCAAGGCCAAUCGGUUCCUCAUCGACGUCAAAGAAACUCAGCGUAUCCUGGUCGAACAAGAAGACACCGAUGGUGAUUUUCAGAUAACGGUCAACGAUCUCGGUCCAAAAUCAUUUGCGGUCGGUACAGCAGACUCGGGUGGUUAUCGCACAAUCGAGAUCAGAGGAACCUAUAUGCUCUCGAACCUUUUGCAAGAAUUGGCACUUGCAGACGACUAUGGCCGGAAACACAUUGUGCUUGAUGAAGCUCGAUUGAAUGAAAACCCUGUCGACCGGCUGUCUCGCAUGAUCCGGCACAAUUUCUGGGACGGCCUGACCCGCAGAAUCGAUGGCCAGGGACUCGAGAUCAUUUGCAAUGAUCCAAAGAACAGACAGGCCGAUCACAACCCGCGCAUUUACAUUCCUUUCAGCGAAGACGAAGUGUUCGAGUACUACAGCCAGGUGGCUGCAACCAGACCACACCUCAAUCUCGAGGUCGAAAGGCUUCCGGAAAACAUCACCCCCGAGUACGUCAAGAGCAUCAACGACCGUCCAGGUAUUCUGGCCCUGGCCAUGGAAAAGACCGUCCUGAACGGCCAAGAGACCCUCCAGGGCGUCCCGUUUGUCGUUCCUGGUGGACGGUUCAAUGAGAUGUACGGCUGGGACUCUUACUUUGAGUCGCUCGGGUUGCUCAUCGACGAACGCGUGGAUCUGGCAAAGGGCAUGGUCGACAACUUUGUGUACGAGAUCAAGCAUUAUGGAAAGAUUUUGAAUGCCAAUCGGUCUUACUACCUCUCCCGGUCUCAGCCUCCGUUUCUGACCGACAUGGCCUUGAAGGUCUACGCAAAACUGCCCAGCUCGACUGCCGACGAGAACAAACUCUGGUUAAGUCAGGUGUUGCAGGCCGCCAUCAAGGAAUACACCACGGUCUGGACAGCCCAGCCUCGCCUAGACCCCAAAACUAUGCUGUCUCGGUUCCGCCCUGAGGGUCUUGGCAUUCCUCCCGAAACCGAGUCAUCUCACUUUGACCACAUCAUCCAGCCCUAUGCCACUGCAGCCGAGAUGAGUUUGCAGGACUACAUGACUGGAUACAAUGAUGGCACGCUCAAGGAACCCGCACUGGACGAAUACUUUUUGCACGACCGCGCGGUGCGUGAGUCUGGCCACGACACAACCUAUCGUUAUGAGAAGCGGUGUGCGAACCUGGCGACGAUUGACCUCAAUUCACUGCUGUACAAGUACGAGACCGAUAUUGCAGACGCGCUCCAGGACAUCCUGGACGACAAUCUGGUUGAUUUCCAGGGAGUAGCCCAGCAUGCGUCGGACUGGGCAGAGCGUGCACGCCAGCGCAGAGAGCGGAUUGAUCAGUACCUGUGGAACGAAGAGGCUGGACUGUACUAUGACUAUGACACUGUCAUAGAAGAGCAGAGCACGUACGAUACCGUGACUGCCUAUUGGGCCAUGUGGGCCAAGUGUGCGAGUCAUGAGCAGGCUGAGCGGCUGACGGCUGAACUGCACCGGUUUGAAGCUCAGGGAGGACUUGUGUCAGGUACAGAAGAGUCUAGGGGUUCUAUUUCACUCGAUCGGCCCAAUCGACAGUGGGACUUUCCUUUCGGAUGGGCCCCUCAUCAGAUUAUGACAUGGCAGGCUUUUGAGAACUAUGACAAGGUUGAUGUAGCACGUCGAUUGGCGUACCGCUGGCUGUACACAAUCACAAAGAGUUUUGUGGAUUUCAAUGGAGUUGUGCCUGAAAAGUAUGAUGUGGUUAGUUUAACUCACAAGGUGCAGGUGGAGUAUGGAAAUGUCGGAACAGACUUCAAAUAUGUGCCACGCGAAGGAUUUGGAUGGAUGAAUGCGUCUUACCAGCUCGGUCUCAAUCUGGUCAACACUCAGAUGCGCCGAGCACUGGGAACAUGCACCCAUCCGGAUUUGUUCUUUGAAAAGGCUCUCAAACGACAAGACGUUGACGAGUCUCAGGUGCGUCGUCGGCAAUCUUCCGUAGCUGCAGCCAAGGCGAUCACUCAGAAUGGAUUCAGUAUCACGGCAAUGACUACAUUUGGAGGAGAAUCGUCUCCUUUUGGAGGAAGUGGAGGAUUCGGUGGCGGGUUGGGUGGAUCAAGUGCCUUCAAGACCUUUACAUCUCCGGAAGCUGACUGGAGUCCAAAUGGAUCCGUGAGUGGUGUUGAUUCCCCUCUGGAAGCAAGUGAAAAUGAAGAUUAAGGCAUCCACACACACACACAUACACGCACGCACGCUUUCUUCUUCUUCUUAUUUUUCUUGACAGGCAAUUUUCUAGUAUAAUGGUAAUAAUGAGUAAGAUUCUUGUGUAAUAAAAUCAAACCAAAUUUAAAUC